AUGAACGAUGCCCUCACAGAUCUUCCUUUGGCUAUACAGUCCUCACCGCCAGGAGUAGAAACGUACGACUUUGGCUAUGUCCGUAUUGUUUAUCCACCUUUGGUUGUACAGAUUGCUGGUAGUAGUGCUGCAAUAAAGGGAAAUGGCAGUGUUACGUUAGACGCAUCAAGCUCUUAUGAUCCCAAUACUCGACUUAACAACAGCAGUGGAUUAAGCUUCAGCUGGUACUGCAAGAGAGUGGAUGGCAACGUCACGAAGGAGGGCCCGAGUGGCUGCUAUGGUCACCAUUCAGGGAAGCUAAGCAGUGCCAAGCCGAUUAUUAAAGUGGAUGUAGAUAGCAUGGAAGCAAAUCAGACUUACCUCUUUGAAUUGGUUAUUACCAAAGAUCGUAGGGUAUCUAGAGCCACUCAUACCCUGGCUGUGUUUCCUCCGUAUGUUAUUUCUUUAAGAUGUACCAUCAAUUGCGGUAGCAAAGUCAGCACGAACAAGCGAAUGAUCAUAGAGGCCAUAUGCAGUGGACCAUACUGUCUCGAGGAUAUCAGUUACAGCUGGGCUUUGUACCAGUUUACCCUUUUAGGAAAUGGCCCAUCUUGGCUGAAAGUUCAAAACCUUGAAAGUUAUACACUCACCAAUUUGGACAGUACUAACAUCGCCUUCUCUGGUUCAAAGAAACCACUGGAGCAAAAAUCUAAGUACAAGGUCGUAGCAUCUGUCCUCCUUCGUGAAGGAAUUGUAGAAUCAGGUGAAAUGAUAUUUUACACAAAUUCACCUCCAAGCAAUCCUGACCACAAAUUGGGGUGUGAUAUCCAUCCUAAGAAAGGCCGUGUCCUUAAGACGGAGUUUAAUGUCACGUGUUACGGUUGGGAAGAUGAGGAUCUGCCCCUUAGCUAUCAGCUGAGUUAUCAGUCUGCCGAAGGUCUUGUCAUAAUUUCCAGUGGAAAGGAGUCAAGUUUUAUCACUGGGCUUCCUCAAGGCAGCCAGUCUGAGAAUUACGUCGUGAAGUUACAAGUGCUAAUCUCUGAUUCUUUAGGUGAUGCAUACACUGUCCAGGUCAUCGUCCAGGUCGAACCCCUCAGCAGCAGGGCGGAGGUGAUAACUGCAGUCAGUAAGGCUAUCUUUGGACCUAACAGCACAACUGCUAAACUUCUCAGAUCUGGAAACCUGCAAAGUGCCACCUUGGAGUCCUAUUUCACUCUCACAGCCACUGAUGGCGUAGGGUUGUCUUCCGAGGAAACGAACUCAGUAANUGAAUGA